AUGAUUCCAUCAAUAUUCAUUAUACUUGAGAAAUUACCUUUGAAUGAAAAUGGAAAAAUAGAUCGAAAACUACUACCACCACCUACUUUUGCACCAACAACUGCCAAUAUUGGUCGUAAUGUGCCACUCAACACCUUAGAACAACAAUUACAGGAUAUAUAUAGUCAAGCUUUCCAUAUUGAAUCCCCUUAUGUUGAGGUUCCUUUUGGUCAAUAUGGUGGAACGUCAUUGAGUGUUAUUCUUGCACUUACAUUGAUUCGUCAACAAGUCUCUAAUAAAGUUGACAUUGGUCUUUUAUUUACUAAUCCAUCUAUUCGACAAUUGGCUCAAGCAAUAGAACCUAUGUUAGUUUUCGAAGUACUCCAAGAGACAGCUUCGACAGUCAAUGAAAUUCAUGAAACACAUGAUCGUCUGACACCUUCAUUUGUCAUCGAAUCUUUAGGUAUAGUGCUUCUUGUUUGCCAGUGGUUGUUGCCAGUGAUGAUAAUUCAUCAAUGCUGUCCACUUCUUUUUCCUAUCUUACCAAUAUGUCAUCUUCUCUUCUAUGUCAUAUGCUCACAUCUACUUUCACCGCAAAACAUCAAAGAUGAUAAUGUUUUCUCUUGGAACUAUUAUCGUUGGUGGUUUUUAGAUCGACUAUGGAAUAACAAUACAUUUUGGCUACAACAUAUACUUGGUACACCUUUGUACAAUUGUUAUCUUCGUCUUUGUGGUGCUCGGAUUAGUGCCAAUGCACAUAUUUAUACCAUAACUAUUGAUGCUCCAUGGUUGUUAGAUAUUGGUGAUGAAACUUGGAUUGCUGAUAAAACGACUCUAAACUCUUUAUAUUACAAUGAUGACUAUACUUUUGCAUUACAUUCAAUUAAAGUUGGUUACUAUUGUUCAAUCGGUGCCCGAUCAAUUCUGUUUGGUGGUGUUGAUAUGCAAGAUAAUAUUAUUGUUCAGACUAUGUCAUCAGUCACUGGUUUCAUCGAAUCUCGAACGAUUAUCGAUGGUGACGAACAUAAAUCAGCUUCAUCAGACAUUUCAAUCACACAUAGUAACAGAUUAUUAUCUAAAUGGCACAAGAUCUAUCAAGUUAUUACAAUCAUCUCAUUGAUCUGUAUUCAUUGUACACUCUUAGGUAUUGUCUACAAAGUUUAUUCAGUUGAACAAAUACCACUACCGAUUAGUAUUGCUCUUUGCUGGACUUUGUGGUCAAUUAUUGCUUGUUUUGUCACUCUCUUUCUCUUAAAAUUUGUAGUCGGCUCCUGUGCUGCUGGCGAGACAUAUCCAAUUGGAUCGUGGUCAUAUUUGCAUAAGGUGUGGCUUCGUCAAUUAAUUGUAUCUAGUUUUUAUCAUGUCUGGCUACUACCAAGUAGACACGAUCAUCUUUAUCCUUUUAUUCUUCGUUGGCUAGGUGCUCAAGUUGAAGAUGAUGUCAAACUUGCCUAUAUAAAUACCUUCUUGUCCUAUCCAACAAAUCUGUUGAAAAUUGAAACAGGAGUCACUGUUUUUGGUUACGUUUUAUUAGUUCCAACUGAGAUGACACUUGAGGGUGACCAUCAUGUAGAUUGGAUAACAAUCGGAUCUUAUACAAAUCUUGGUAAUAUGUGUUCAAUUUUACCAGGUAGUCAUCUUUCAUCUCAUACUAUGGUUGGCAAUUUAACACGUAUCACUCGAGAAACGAAUAGCAACAAUGGAGAUGUUUUCAUUGGUGUUCCAGCUCGUGCUAUGCCAUUUCAAAUGCCCAUUAGACAAGCAACGGAAGAUCAAAUUAAAACUAUUCCAUUUUGGAAAAUUUGUUUUUCCCACUAUAUCAGUAAAUGUCUUCUCAUAGGCAUCUAUUGGUCGUGUGGACUUGUUGGUGGACCAAUCAUUCAUACAAUAAUUGUUUGCAGUUUCAAUCGAUGGUAUUCAUAUACAGAUAAUGAAAUAAUUGAACAAAUAAUAAGAAAACUACAAGUAGAUCAUGAAAUUUUUAUUUGUUCAUUUCUUGGCAAUACACAAUGGCUAAUUCGGUUAUUUCGAGCAUAUGGUGCGAACAUCGGCAACAACGUGAUUUUACCCGAUCUUUGUUCUAUUUUUGAUUACAAUUUAGUGACUAUUGGAGAUCAUGUUCGACUUCAUGUCAGUGCUCAUAUUAUGGUAGGUCACACUUUCGAACAGCGUAUCCUGAAACUAGUUCCUGUUACAGUAGGUAACUCGUGUAUACUUAUGAGUGGCUCAAUCGUAAUGUCGGGUUGUAAAUUAAUGGGUAACAAUCGGCUUUAUCCUUUUACACUCAUAAUGAAAAAUGAUUUAUUGCGACCGAAUACACAAUGGAAAGGACUUCCUGCACAAUCUUAUGUAGCAAAACCAAUGUUAUCUCGAUCUGCACCCGUUUGUGAUGAUAUUGUCAAAUGUCAACAGAAAUCUAAGAACUUUGAUCGACUGUCUUUGUGGUAUGAAAAAAUUUCAAUUAUCUAUACGGAUGUCAAUGAAUUACAAUUUAUGAAUUGGGGUUAUGCAGAUGUGGAUGAGCAUAUUGAUGACCAUACUGGUUACUAUUCGAAGAAACUUUAUCAACAAGUUCUUGCUAAUGUAACACUUACGGAUCAAAAUAUACUCGAAGUGGGUUGUGGUAGAGGUGCUGGUGCUGCCUGGUGUGUCCGUACAUAUACUCCGCACUCUUAUGUUGGAAUAGAUCCUUCUCGAAAUACCAUCAACCUAUGUGAACAACGUUAUUCAACAAUUCCUCGACUCUCAUUUAUGACAGCUGAUCCAAAAACCCAUUUACCAUUCCAAAAUGAGUCUGCGGAUAUUGUUCUUUCGAUUGAAACAACAAACGUUUUUGAUGAAAUAGUAGCAGUGAAGGAAUUCAUCGAUGAAAUUACUCGUGUGCUUACUCCUGAUGGAUACUUUCUCUGGUGUGGCUUGUGUAAUGCAGAUGGAUCAAGUGUAUUGAUUGAUUAUUUAACAGCAAAUAAUGUAUUUAUUAUUAAAGAGAAGAUCAAUAUUACAAGAAAUGUUCUUCAUGCACUUGAUAUUCAAAGUAACUCACGUGCUGACUUUAUUGACCGUUAUAUUCAGCCUCCAGAUCAAGAUUAUUGUCGUCUAUUGGCUGGAUUACCUGGCACUCAACUUUAUGAUAAUUUGCAACAAGGAUAUGCAGAAUAUUGGCGAGUUGUAUUCCGAAAGAAGAUAACAAUCAAUACACCUCUUAUUUAA